AUCGGUAUUAUGCAGUAUUAUGGUUACGGAUACGAGACGAAAGCAGGUUGAUCUGUAUCGAAUCUAAUCAUUUAACCUAACAUAAAAGUGUGUUCUGUAUUUUGAAUCGCUGGUUUCUGAUCUCUGUCGCAAGCAACAAGUUUUAUUCUCCGUUCCGUCUAUCUGUUUACGCGAAAAGGCGGGUAAAUAUAGUAAAUAUAUAACAUAAUAUAGCGAACAGUUGUAUUCGAUAAGUUCUCGAACAAGAUCCAAUGACGAAAAUGAGCUCGCAGCACGGUCCAGCUGCGUUGCAAUCGAUGGUGGAUCGAGAAAAAGUAUACACGUGGAUAAUCGAGCUGUCCAAUUCCGAAACUAGAGAGAACGCUCUAUUAGAACUGAGCAAGAAACGAGAAGUAGUACCAGAGCUGGCACCGAUGCUGUGGCACUCGUUCGGCACGAUCUCGUCGCUGCUUCAAGAGAUAAUAAACAUUUACCCUGCUAUUAACCCAGCUACCCUGACUGCCUAUCAGAGCAAUCGCGUGUGUAAUGCGUUAGCUCUCUUACAGUGCGUUGCCAGUCAUCCGGAAACCAGAUCUUCGUUUCUACAGGCCCAUGUGCCGCUUUUCUUGUACCCGUUUCUACACACUGUGAGCAAAACACGACCGUUCGAGUACCUUCGAUUGACAAGUUUGGGAGUGAUAGGAGCUUUGGUAAAAACUGACGAGCAAGAGGUAAUCACGUUUCUCCUCACCACGGAGAUCAUCCCGCUCUGUUUACGUAUCAUGGAAAGUGGCUCUGAGCUGAGCAAAACGGUGGCUACUUUCAUAUUGCAAAAAAUUCUGCUCGACGACAGCGGUCUGUCGUACAUCUGUCAAACUUAUGAUCGAUUCAGCCACGUCGCGAUGAUCCUUGGGAAGAUGGUGCUGUCUCUGGCCAAGGAUCCGUCCGCCAGAUUGCUGAAGCACGUGGUUAGGUGUUACCUGAGACUUUCUGACAAUCCGAGGGCUCUGUUAGCGUUGAGACAGUGUCUGCCGGAUCAGCUGAGAGAUAACACGUUCGCGACGUGUUUACAGGAGGAUGCAUCGACGAAACACUGGUUGAAUCAGCUGUUGAAGAAUUUAGAGGCCGGACCACCUCAACCUGUGCCACCGGCGCAACCUGGACAGCAGGAUCCCAGGACCAUCGGCAUGUCACCUCUCACUUCUUAAACCUCGACGUUUGCAUGUGGAGGAUACGAAAAUGCACCAUACAUUCUGUAAAUUUUGGUCGUUUAUACCAGUGAUGGCGAACCUUUUUUAGAAGUGGAUCAAAUUUUGUCCAUUCUUUUUUUUAAUACUAGCCUGUGGGUCACUGUCAGUGGCGUCAUUUGGAAACACGGGGAAAGGGUGAGGGGGUGGUAUGAAGGGUACCAAUAAUAUUUGAAAGCAUUGAAAAUUUGUUAACAGAAAACCUUGACAGAUGAGCCUUUUUUUGGUUCUCACUUUUAAAAUCUAAAAAGAUUUAAGUUCCCUUUUUGUUUUACUUUUACAAGUGAAGGUCGACAUCAGAAUUAAUAUCAAUGCCGUGAUAGCAUGAAUUACCAUAGCAUGUGACACUAUGCCUAACGAAUAUGCGCGCCAAGUUCGUGACCGACUGCCAUGAGUUGUAUACAGGGGGUACGAAAGAAAAAAUCAGUUAGUUAACGUCCACUCUUUUAUGAUAUAAGAAAUAAGUUUAUAAAAAUCAACGCAUGGGUCUUUCAAAAAACCCUCGUUGUUUAGUGUCUGACCCGCGGGUCACAGGUUCGCCACCAUUGCUUCAUACCGUUAAAAUGCGCGAGUCGAUGUGCAUACACGCGGUUCUAGGGUCCGGCGGAUUUGGCAGUAACGAGACACGAAAAUUCGAGGCGAUACCGGCGCUUCGAGGUGAUGGAGGAUUGAUAGGAGUCCUCAGAGUGGCGAGAGAUAGCGAGUUUCUCGAGAUUUUUUUCUUGGAACGCACGACUGAUGCCAGACAUUGUGAAAUAUAAUUAUUUUUCUUCCCCUUUUCAUAUUUCUGGCUUCCCUUCUUUACGUAGACUCUAAGCUUUAUGUUUGUAAUUGUUCUCUGUACAAACAUAUAAAUUAUAAAAUACAUGUUGGUACAGCAUAUUUGUACAUUAUUCUUAUUAAACUGCGGAUUUUUAUGGAGAUUGUAUGGAGAUUGAAUAAUUUGUAGAAAAACAGAAUGCAGUGAUAUGUAAAGAGAUACAAAAUAUCCAAAGUAAAAUAUAAUUUAUAAUAUUUAGA